AUGAACCCAUCUGCCAGGAACCUCUACAAAACAACAUCUCCCACAUACUUGGAAGAUGGUACUCCAAUGGUAACAAUCCCGAGCAAACUUCUGCUUCAUGGUCCUGAAAAUCAGAAAGAGUAUAUUAUUGGCCAGUUUCAUCGCUGUUCUAUUCCGUCAGGUGGGCUUGUUCAUGCUGUAGUUAAUAGGAUUGGGAGGGGAUUAUGGCAUGUGGAUGAUUGCUUGAUGUUUGUAGCUCCUUGGAGUCCUGCAGCUUCAUUAUCUCUUCCAGAGAUUUCCACUAUUCCAGUUUGGGUAACUCUAAAAAAUAUCCCCAGUAGGUUAUACUCUAAUCCAGGAAUAAGCCGAAUUGCCUCUGCCCUGGGAGCUCCAAUGCUGACAAAUAAGCCCAGACUUGACCCUACUCUCAUGGGUGAGACAAAAAUCUUGGUGGAAGUUGAAUUGGACAAGCAAUUCCCGCAGAAGAUCGCUUUGAAUGACAAAAGGGGUACUAUAUCAUUGGUUGAUGUAGAGUAUUCGUGGAUCCCAACAAAGUGUGGUAAGUGUGGACACUUAGGCCAUAAAGACUCAAGAUGUCUGCAAAAAUCUGCUCAGCCUAGGAACUCGAGUCAUCCGUCUAAUGAUCAAAUAGGAGCUUCGCUUGCUUCUGCAAGUGUUUACCCUUCUGUUUUAGUCCCUGAAGUUGCUACAGAUGAUAUGAGUAUUUCUGCUUCUGUUACUGUGGCAAGGACUGAUUCAGCCAUUAUUCCAACAGUCUCUCCUCCAGUUGCUGCCGUUGCGUCAGUCACAAGAACUCCAGUUGCUGCAGUAGCGUCCAUCACAGGAACUCCUGUUGUUUCCGCUGCAUCAGUCACAGAACAUGUCCCUACUUUAAUGGCUCCCUCACCUACUGUGAAUAUUGGUUCAGUCCAUGUCCCAUCCACUUCAGUCUCGACCACAGUCAUUCAAGCCAUAGAAGCAUUACCUACUACAUCAGUUGCUACUCUAAAGUCUACAUCAAUCCUCCCUACAAGUACCGAGUCAGAACCAUCUACUCCAGCCACCAUCUUUAAAGCAACAACAACAGCAACAGCCACUCCUUCUAGCAAUUCAGCCUUGUCUGAAAAUGCUCCGCUUAAUACAGACCAUACAACUACUUUGGAAGAUCUUCCAGCCACAGGGAGUGUUUUUUUAACGCCCCCACCCGAAGUUUCAAGUGAUAUUCCACCAUAUUCCGGAGGUUUGUCUUUUACUCCUUUCACAGGUGAUUGCACAGGUUAUUUUAAUGAAUUUGAAAUGGCCCAACGAUCACGACAUGGAAGAGAGCUGAAACCAUCUCAGAAGGUCCAAGAUAUGCAGUGGCAAACAGUAAGAGGUCGCAAAAGCCGGGGCUGCCGAGGCAGAGGUCGUCACGGAGACCAACACUAA